CAACAACAGCAGCAGCAGCAGCAGUCGUCCUCGACAUCAACGUCGUCGUUGACCUUGCAACAACAGCAGCAGCUGGAAGUUGAACAACGCCAGCUGCAGGAACUGGACCGCCUGGAACAACUUGUGCGGGCAAGGGGUAUGGCUUCCAAUGCUUCCACCCCACUGUCAAUUCCAGACACGUCCGCCCAGGGCGCCAGCAACCACAGCACCAACAGCAAUGCCAACAACAUUGCCAACAACAUUGCCAACAGCGGGAGGCCGGGUGGGCUUCGCCCGAGCCCACAACGCGUGAUCGACCAGCACGGCCUCUCCCCAACAGCGGCUCUCGCCCGAGGCGCCAGUAAGGUCAGCAGCAGCAGCAAUUCGAGCCAGGUGCACACGCCAGCCGUUGGCCCAAGCACCCCCGCAUCAACCUCAUCUUUGCCAGCCAACCCCAACGGCUCUGCUCGCCACACCCACACCACACCCGUCUCCCGCGUGAGCAGCAAUACCAGCCUCGCAAACUUGGCCGCAAUCGCAGGCGGGCUCAGUCCAGGAUCAUCGUUUCGGCUCGACAGCCCACAGCAACAGCCACACCCACAACAACACCCACAGCAACAGCACUCCACAUCCGUGCGCGGCCAUCAAAACCAACAACAACUUCCAUACCGCCAUCAGCCCCAAUGGGCAAACACGCGCGCGGCUCGCAUCGCGCAUACAGAUGACAUGCCCCGCUCGCCCCAAGACACGUGCCACGCCCGAGCGGAACAGCCCGCGCCGUCCGCCUCCGCAGCGCUUCUUGAGGCGUUCAGGGGACAGCUCGGUGGAAACCCCGCGGCACGCAGAUCCAGCAGCACCACCACCUCCACCACCGCCGCCGCCGCCAUAAAGCGGCCCUCGGACCCCUUUGAUGAGCUCGCGUCCAUGUCCAUACAGGGCAUAUGGCAACAGUGGUUUACACCGUCGAGUCAAGGCGAUAGUGGUGGUGGUGGUGGCGGUGGCGGAAGCAGCAGCAAUGGCGGUGACACCAACACUGGUGGUGGGACUGGCGACGGCAAUCGCGACGCGUCAUCGUCCUCAGCGGCGCAUGCUCGCAUGCCAACGCCACUGCAACAACCCCGGCACCAACACCAACCGCAACAGUCGCGGCAGUCGCAUCAGCAGCAACCACAGCAGGCCGAUGACGAGCGCGAUUCGCAACUGGAGAUGGUCAAGUGCGUCCUGAACAUGUGGCUCGCCGGCCUGCUGCCACGUGCAGGCCUGCCGCUGCUGCAGCACGCCUGUGAACAUGUGCUGGAGCAUGUCUGUGGCCAACAGCGUCGCAUGUCGGUGUCCACCCUGCAACAGGACGCACAGCGCCGCCUUCACAACACCCCAGCCGACGCGCUCAAGGCCAUGUUCACCGUCAUGCAACAACAACAGCAGCAGCAGCAGCAGCAACAGAACCAGCAGAAACAGCAGGCAUCAUCAUCGUCGUCGUCGUCGUCUCUCGUCGGCACGGCACCUGCACUAGCCGGCACAACGUCGUCCGCUUCCAUGGCAGCGCCCUCCUCAUCGCUAUCCAGCGUGUUCAACGCCGCCGUGUCUGGCAUGUCCACAACAGCACCCGUCCCACCCACAAGCAGCGGCAACCACCCUGCCCGCUCAGCCGCCGACCCACAGCAUCACCACCACCACCACCACCACCACCAGCAGCACCAGCAGUACCCUGGUCGCAUGUCUCGCCCUGAGUUGCGGCUCAGGAACCACAACCAACACGUGGCCGCACCCGACGUGAGCGCUGCACCAGCAAGUGGCGGUGGCGGACAGCUGUCGAGUCUGUUUGGGACGCGCCGACCACCUGCCAGCCAGUUGGAGCUCCCCGCAAUGCCAGACACCACGCUCACGGACUCGUUUCACCCGGUGGCCCUGUCAGACUUUGGCGACUUUGACAUGGCGGAUCUUGUUGGCCUGAAUGACACAGGCACGCCACCUCAGCCGCCAGACGCACACAGCAUUGGCGGUGGCGGCAGCAGCAGUGUCAUGGCAGACUUGCAACACCAGCAGCACCAGCAGCACCAGCAGCUUGGGUCUGGUCGGCCAGGUGGGGACCCGCGGCACCUUCGCGGGGCGCGGUGGACGGAUACGGAGACGCUCGGGAUGGGCAUCAACCGGGAUGUGCAGGACAUGAUGUUCGACAGCUCCAAUCUUCCCUGGGAGAACACCCUCUCUGCUUCAUCACAACCACAACAGCAACAGCAACCGCAACAGCAACCGCAACAGGAGCUGCUCCUGCGGCAGCAACAGUCCCUGCUGCGGCAUGCUGAAGGCACCCGCACCACGUACAACUUUGCCGCGUCCGUCCAGCAGGAGUCGCAGUCGUCCUCUGCUGCUGACGCGUUUGCGAUGCGCGGGUGGUCUGAUCUGCAGCGAUUGCGGGCGCAGCGCAACAGCAGCAGCGGCAGCCACCUGAGUGAUGACGCCAAGGCAACCAAGAAGCCAAAGGUGACUUGCCCCGUGUGCGGUGGGCCCGGCCGCGACACUGAGGCCCGCAUCUGCGGCCUCUGCUACAAUGGCGUGUACAACGACAUCAAGAAGUAUCUCAAGCGCGAGCACACGCUUGACGCAUCUGUCCUUGUUGACGCAGACCGCUUCAUUCACGAGUUGCAAGUAAUGCCUCGCGGCUGCGAUAAGAACUACAGCUGCACAAAGGAGGACUACGCCUACGAGAAGCCCCAAUAUGAGAAGUGCACACGGUGUCGAAGCCUCGCUGUGACGCGCGCAGCACCUGAACUCGUGCUUCAAAUGAUUCGGAAGCAGCUUGAUAAGGAGGCGCGUCGUCGCGAGCAAGACGCGCAGUACAAAGCUGACCCGUCAGCCUAGUGAUGCCGGCCAGCGCACGCACAUGUGUUGUCCCUCCAGUUGCACGCAUACAUCGUGUACUGACCGGAACUGCCAGCAUUGCUGCCGAUAGUAGUGCCGCUGCUGUCACUGCAGGCGUGCACAUGCUCGAAGAGGCAACUUUCCCUGCCGUCCCCCUCCUCUCCCCCCCCCCCCUCUUCGUUUUUUUCCUUUCCUUCUGUCU